GUAAAUGUUAUGUCUUAUGACCUUGAUUGCGAUUCAGAGCAGGAUCGCAUCAAAAAGGACUAGAAUUUAGGAGACGGGAUUUGUCCAAUCGAGUUUCUUGGGUCUUGGGCCGCGGAAAGAACAAGAAGGGCCAUGAACUUGAGUAUAUGCUCCAUGCAUUUGGACCUUUUUUUAAAUAGACGGUGAAAAGUUCUUCCUCGCUUGUACCUCAUCGUACUUGCUUGAAGGGGAGAGCUUCCCGACCAAUGGGAGGGCGAAAUUUGAUCAGUUGACUUCGAUGAGAUCUGGAUCACGCAGCAGCAGCAGCAGAUCCUCCAGUAGUUUCGAUGUGGGACCGGCGCAGAUCGGUUUCUGGUCAACUGAUUGAUUAUACAGUUGUAGGCAGGUACCAGCCAGCCGCCAGCUAAUGACGAUCCUUAUGAAAUGUCUGUCUGUCUGUCUGUCCGCCCGCUCGCCCCCCCGCCCAUUCAUAUCGGGAAUUUCAACCAUCGCAAAACGCAGCUAGAUUUUGCUCUAAAUCCAUGAGAUGCAAAGAAAGACAGACACCCGAACAAUGGAUCACCUCCUCGAACAUGCAUGUCCUCCGAUUUGUUUCCGACAAAUUCGUUUGGACAACUUGCAAUUUGCGGUUGGAGUGGGAGGCGAGAAAAAGCCUCGGAUCGAGGCUUGACCCAAGGUUGCUGCAAGUUUCGAGUCCGUGCGUGUUUGGUAGGGUGGAUUCCGGGCUUAUCGGAAGGAGAGAAUGAUUGAGCAAGAGAUCCGGAUAGAGCUUGUUUUAUUGCCGUACCUUCAUGGCAAACGAAGUUGUGGAUCAGAUGAAUGAAAGAGACAAAGUGGGAGGACGACACAAAAACAGGCUCAUACGCUAAGAAGGAAAGUGGUGAUGCAUAAACUCUUCCUCCACAUUUUGUGUCCCGAUCACGAGCAUGGCUUUGCAUGUCCUCAUUGACUCAUCUUCUCACUCUGGAUGGACUGCGACGCUAGAAAUAUGGAGAUGACGCAACGCCCCGAAGUAGAGCUGAAGAGCAGUUGCAGCUCAUUGGAGUUCAUUGCGUUCCCGUCCCUCGCGAUCUGAUCCGUGCUGAAAUAGUGCCCUAUCAUCCUUCCGGUACAAUGAAGUUGCUUUAAACCUUCGUUCAUCGGUGGCGCUUCCCGGGUGCUCAACACUUCGGUGUGGUUUUGCGUGUCCGAGGACAAUGGAGUCAAACGCUUCGACUCAAAUAUGCAAGCAAGCGUUACCAAGUACACAGGAAGAAAAAAUACACGUAGCAUCUGACUACCGACACAAAAAAACCCAAGAACAGUAAGCCUCACUCGUCGCCCG